UUCUCUUCCUUCCUUGCCCCCCUCUUUUCUCCCGCACCUCCCUCUCCCUCUCUUCACUUUUCCUUCUCCCCUCCCUCCCUCCUUCCUUUCUCCCCCUCCCCUCCUCCUCCCCAGAGCGAAAGCAGAAGGAAAGAGAGAGCGAAGGAGGAAGAAGAGAAGGAGGAGGAGGAGGGCAAAGCUUGGCCAGCCUCUUGCGGACCCCCCCCCCCCCUUUUUCCUUCCUUCCCUUCAACAAACAGAGGCAGGGAGGUCUGCCUGGGGGUCUCCCUUUUGUUUCUAAAGGGAGGGAGGGAAGGAGGGAAGGAGAGAAGAAAGGAGGGGGGUCUCCCCAUCAGCCAGCCCCUCCUCUCCUCCUCCAUCCUUCCCUCUCAGGAGGGUCUCUUCCCCCCUCCUUCCUUCCCUCUCUGACAGAAGAACAGGAGCAGCAACAGAAGGAAAAGAGCUUCCAGAGGGGGGUCUUGGUUGCCCCCCCCCCCGGCCCUGAAGAUGGUCAACGAGCGCUGGAAGAAUGUGGGGGGCUCGGCUCCGCUGGAGGAUGGACCCCAAGAGAAGUCCCAGAGAAUGAGCUGCGGGUACAUCCUGUGCACGGUCCUGCUGUCCGUGGCCGUGCUGCUGGCGGUGACGGUCACGGGAGCCAUCCUGCUCAUGAACCACUACCACGCACCCGUCACGGACUCCCCGCCGGUGAUCAGCACCAACCCGGACGAGAGCGGGGCUCUGGUGACUAUCGAGAGAGCAUCCGACGGAUCCCGCGUCAACGUCUUCCUGGAACCCCGCUGUCCCGAGCGGGAGGCCCACGGCGGGGCUGGUAGCGGGGUGUCCCGCCUGGAGGGGCUCCAGUCUUCCCUCCUGAGGGCCGUGACGGACCACAGCUUGGAGACCAAGGCCGCCAAGGGCCAGGAGCGAGCCAUGCUGGCCGGCCUCUCGGACGAAGUCUCCAAGGUGCUGGCCCAGGCUGCCCAGCUCCGGGCCGACUGCGAGGGGCUGAGGAAGGGUCACGGCACCUUGGGGCAGGAGCUCAGCGCCCUCCAGAACGAGCAGGGGCGCCUCAUCCAGCUGCUCUCGGAGAGUCAGACCAACAUGGCCCGGCUGGUCACUUCGGUCAGCGAUAUCCUGGACACUUUGCAGAAGGAGCGCGGGGUGGUGCGGCCAAAGGCCAAAGCGGACCUCCAAAAGCCGCCGUCUCGAAGCGCAAAGCCCAAAGGAUGCUCCAACGGCUCUCGGCCUCGGGACUGCUUUGACCUCUAUGUGAACGGACAGCAAGAGGACGGGGUCUUCUCCAUCUUCCCCACUCACUCUCCAGAAGGGUUCCCAGUCUACUGUGACAUGACCACCGAUGGCGGAGGCUGGACGGUCUUCCAGCGGCGCGAGGACGGCUCUGUGAACUUCUUCCGCGGAUGGGAGGCCUAUCGGGACGGGUUCGGGAAGCUCACCGGGGAGCAUUGGCUAGGCCUGAAACGAAUCCACGCCUUGACCACCCAAGCCGCCUAUGAGCUGCGCAUUGAUCUGGAGGACUUUGAGAAUGAGACUGCCUAUGCGCACUACGGCACCUUCUCGGUGGGCCUGUUCUCGGUGGACCCCGAGGAAGAUGGAUAUCCAAUCAACAUCGCCGACUAUUCCGGGACGGCGGGAGACUCCUUCUUGAAGCACAACGGCAUGCGCUUCACCACCAAGGACCUGGACAACGACCACUCGGACAACAACUGCGCCACCUUUUACCAUGGGGCUUGGUGGUACCGCAACUGCCACACCUCCAACCUGAACGGGCAGUACCUCAAGGGCCAGCACAGCUCGUACGCCGACGGCGUGGAGUGGUCCUCCUGGACCGGGUGGCAGUACUCCCUCAAGUUCACCGAGAUGAAGAUCCGGCCCGCCCGGGAGGAGAACUAGCCACAAAUCCCCUCCGCCAUGCCCCUCUCCUCCCCUCCGAAGCCCCGACCCACUGACCCCCUCCCCAUAGCUCAGUGUCGUUUUCUGUCUGAGUCCGGGGAUAAACCCAUGUCCCUUCCGAAGGCAACUCUCUCUGUCGGUGCUGAAUCCAAAUGUGUUCUUUCGAGCCAGCAAUCCCUCAUGACGGGGAGUCUUAUUAGAUCUCACACGUUCACAUUCCCUUUUUUGUAGAAAAACAGAAAAAAUGCUUUAAUAUCCAAAGAAUGGGAACAUGAGGGGUGUUUUCGUUUGGGUCCGAGCACAUCCAUCCACUGUAGGUUAGGCCUUUCCAUCUGCGGUUGUUUAGUAGGUUCAACGCAAGGGCAGGUCAGAGGCGUCGCAAAGCAACAGGCGAAAUCCCUGCUGUGCCCUCACACAAAACCAGAGCUGAUGUUACAGAUAUACUCUCCGCUGUUAUGUCUGUUGAUGCACAAAAAGGCUGGGAGAUCCUCCAACAGGCACUCUUUUGGGGGAGAUGGGUGGGAGGGCAAAGAAGAAAAGCUUGGAUCUUCUCGCGGCCAAGGGAAUUGCAAGCCAAGGGGCCAAAGUUGGCUCUUUCUGCAGAGGGAAGAGGAAGGAAACACAGCUAAACAAGAGCCAUGGAUGGGAAAGAAGGGAUAACGUGUGGAGACAGCUUCUGAGAGACAUGUUUCUUGAGAAGAGGACCAAAACCUCAUUCUAAAAGCACACAAUCGGUGAAUCCAGUGAGCCACGUUCAGCCUCAUUUGCCCACUGACUGACGGUCCAUCCACCAUGCAAGUUCACCUUGAAUACAGUAGAGUCUCACAUAUCCGACCUUUGCUUUUCCAGCAGUCUGUCUUGUCCAUACACAAUUGGUGAAUCCAGCAAGCCACGUUCAGCCUCACUUGCCCACCGACUGCUGGUCGAUCCACCAUGCAAAUUCACCUUGAGUACAGUAGAGUCUCGCUUAUCCGACCUUCGCUUAUCCGACAAUCCAACUUAUCCACACACAAUUGGUGAAUCCAGCAAGCCACGUUCAGCUUCACUUGCCCACCGACUGCUGGUUGAUCCACAAUGCAAAUUCUCCUUGAAUAUAGUAGAGUCUCGCUUAUCCGACCUUUGCUUGUCCGACAGUCCGUCUUGUCCGCACACAAUCGGUGAAUCCAGCAAGCCACGUACAGCCUCACUUGCCCACCAACUGAUGGUCCAUCCACCAUGCAAGUUCACCUUGAAUACAGUAGAGUCUCGCUGAUCCGAAGUUCGCUUAUCCAACAGUCCGUCUGAUUUGCACACAAUCGGUGAAUCCAGCAAGCCACGUUCAUCCUCACUUGCCCACCGACUGCUGAUCCAUCCACCAUGCAAAUUCAUCUUGACUACAGUAGAGUCUCGCUUAUCCGACCUUCGCUUAUCCGACAAUCCGUCUUAUCCACACACAAUCAGUGAGCACAGCGAGCCACAUUCAGCCUCACUUGUUCAUCGAUGGUUGAUCCAUCCACAAUGCAAAUUCACCUUGAAUACAGUAGUCUCACUUAUCCGACAUUCUGUCUUAUCCAACGCUCUUAUCCGAUGCUUCCCAACUCUCUCUCCAUUCUCAAUAAGUGAAAAUGACAAGCAGGAGGACGAGGGAGCAAAGGGGGAAAAGAGGCAGGACCGGAAGCAGAAGCACCCUCUCUCCUCCCAUCUGUAAUUUCCACACACCUCUUCCGCAUCCGGGCACUUCCUGCUGGACUGCUCUAGUCCCGAAGUGUUGCCUUUCCUUCACCCCUUGAGUCCCUGUUGUUAAUAUUCUAGAUGUGUAAUGCUGCAUUGGACUCCCUAUUUUCCGACAUUUUUGUUUAUCCGACAUUCUGCUGGCCCGUAUAUGUCGGAUAAGCAAGACUCUACUGUAUUUCAUUCAGUCCUUACUAUCUUGGUUUAUGCAGUUGGGCAAAGGCAUUUGAAAGGAUAGGAGGGUUUGGUCCCUGGGUUUUGUAGUUAAAGGCAAAGGUUUCCCCUUGACAUUAAGUCUAGUCGUGUCCGACUCUGCUGGAUGGUGCUCAUCUCCAUUUCUAAGCCGAAGAGUCAGCAUUAUCCGUAGACAACUUCAAGGUCAUGUGGCCGGCAUGGCUGCAUCAAAUGCUGUUACCUUCCCACCGGAGCAGUACCUAUUGAUCUACUCACAUUGGCAUAUUUUCAAAUUGCAAGGUUGGCAGAAGCUGGGGCUAACGACGGGAGCUCACCCUGCUCCGAGGAUUCCAACCGCUGACUUUUCGAUCAGCAAGUUCUGCACCACCAUGGCCUCUUUUUAUUGUUGUGGUUACUUUUUGUGGUUAUUGCUUUGUGGUUACGAGAUCCUACCCUGUUUCCCUGAAAAUAAGACAGGGUCUCGUAUUAAUUUUUGCUCCAAAAGAUGUGUUAGGGCUUAUUGUCAGGGGAUGUCUUUCCCCCCAAAUUGAUAUAUUUUGUUUAAUUAUAACUAGGCUUGUUUUUGAUGUAGGGCUUAUGUUUUGGGAAUCCUCAAAAAUCCUGAAAAAUCAUGCUAGGGCUUAUUUUCAGGGUAGGUCUUAUUUUUGGGGAAAUGGGGUAAAUUGGAUUUUUGAGACCCUAGCUUUGGGAGGUUUGUGGUUCUUUGGGUAUGAAUGACCAAGCGGCACCCUUGUCCGUAGAAUUGCACUGGAUGCCCGCUUCGUUAGGCCUUUUUUAGGUGCUCCAUUGCCAUUCGAUGGUCUCCAAAGCUCAGAAACGAGAGAAUAGCAUCACAAAAGUGCCGGCUGUCCUCAUAACAAGCAGGCAGCAGCUCCCUUCCGAUGAGCCAUACACCUUUGAAAAUUCUCAUUUCUCCCAAUUACGGUCUCGUAGAGCCAAUCAAAGGGGUCUUUUUCUUCAUGGGUUAUGGGUCACGUCAGGAACGGAGCCUUCCCUUUAAAGCGGAGGAGCUUUGAGGAUCUCCCUGCCUUCCUUCCCUUUUCUUCUUCCCUCCUUUCGUUCUUUUUUUUUCUUCCUUCGGCUCGGCAGAAAACGGGAUUGCCAAAGAGGCUUUUGAGCAAAUGCCGCAGCGCCCGGCUCACAAAUGACCAUCUCCGCCAGAGAGAUAGUUAGCGGACCAAGCUGUUCCCCGUCAAGCCCAGAUGUUCAAAAUUGGGACAAUUGCCCAGGUUUGAUGAAACUGCAAUCCCUUCAGCUGUUAAGGGAUAGAUCUCGCGGGGAAGAAGAAUUUAUUUGGCAGGUAAAGGCGGCUUGAGGUGGGCGGAAGGGAGGAAGGAAUUGCAUUCCUGUCGCAAAGGAGAGAAAUGGGCCGCUCCAGGAAAGCUCCUCCAUCUUCGUCGUGCCAGAACAUGCUUCGAAUUUGAGUUUCCGACCGGUGCCUACCUGCCCACCAUUUAAAAAAAGGGAAUCUGCAAUUCCACUGGAGUUGCAAGGGGAACCAAAGUGGGGAGGGAGAGACAGCGUUUGGAAAUGCCAGCAAACGUUGAGGCGGAUCACCCACUGCCUGAUCUGGGGAAGUAGAUCUAGCGUGUGACGAUUGGUGUCCGGUGCUGUAACCUUUGGACUUGCUCAAACUCCUUAAUAAUAAAAAAGGAACUCAUUAUUACGUA